AUGCCGCCCUCCCCCUCACCCAAAGACCUCCAAACCCUGCGCACCCAAACAACCACCCUCUCCACCCUCCUAACGCAUUAUCUCUCUCUCCUCUCGCCCACCUCCACCACCGCGCCAACUCCACCUCCAACACUGCCCCCAAACCCGCCACCUCACCUCCCCGUCCUUGCAGACGCAGCCAAACUCCUCAAAGCGCACACAACGAAGCUAGGCCUACUCCUCCUCAACAAGCCCUUUUCGCCGACCGCAAUAGCGAAGGUACUGGCCGAGGUCAGCGCAACGUGCCUCCCGGCCAUGAUGUCCGCGGUGCAGAUUUGCGAUGCGCGGAGCGAGGUCUGGGGAGCUGUCAUGGUGGCGGAGGUGCGGGCAAGAGUGAGGAGGGUGGUUGUGGAGGUGCGGGGGUUGGUGGGGGAGGUGGAGAGCCAGCUUGAAGACAUCGCUCCGGCUGGCAGCAGUAACGGGGUAAACGGGGAUGGGGAGAAGAGGGAGGGGAGGGAUACGUUGGCGACUACGGGGGUGGUGUGGGAGGCUUGCGAUGCGUUGAGUGAGUUGGCGACGCUGGGUGUGGUGGGGUUGGUGGUUAAGAAGGCGGAGCAGUAUCGCGCGACGUUGCUGGAUGCGGUUGCGGAGUUGAAGGAGUGGGGCGAGGAUGAGGGGGACGACGAGGAUGGAGAGGAGGGGAAAUGGAGCGGUGAUGACGAAGAGGAUGACUUCGACAACGCGUUCGAUGCGCCGAAGCUUCCGAGAGGUCAGAAGGAGCUACGCGCUCAGCUUGAGGCGGCGCUCAAGAAGCUGAAGAUGGUGGGGAUGUUGUAUCAGGCGCUUGCUAAGAGGAGGUUGAAGACGUUUCCAUUUAGUGGUACUACGGCUGGAGAUUGGUCGGGUGAUGCCUGGUCGAUGGGCAUAUUAGAUCGGGUGAUGGAGACACUGAAAAGCAUCCCGGAGAGCGUGGACGAACUGGCAAGCGCUUUUUACGAAUUGGAUGCGGUCGAGGCGAAGAAGCGCCUAGAGGAAUGCUGUAAAGAUGCAGUGGCCGCGAAGGAUUUGGUGGCGCAGAAUUGGGAGGGAGAAGAAGACGAGUUUACAACUUGGUCGCAAAAGUGGAACCAGGCUCUGAGUUCCUAA